CUUCCUCGACAGUCGCGCAUGACCUGCUUUGAAUCCGUGCAAUAUCAUGGCGAGUGGCGGUAUCGGCAUGCUCUGACUCUCUGAGUUUGUGCCAACAAUCUGUGCCGUGAAGAAUAGAGCUAGGGAGUGACAGUCGAGUCAAGAAGUUGUGGCCCACUUCCGGGGGGCUUUUACGUGGACGUAACGUUCAUCUGCUGGCUGGGUGUCCUUGAGUUCGGGUUGGUGUUUGGUGUAUGGCAGAUGUGACUUUACGUCCAGCGGACCAGAGAAGAGUGCUUUCUUUUGCCUAGUUUUGGCUACAGUCUACAGCUGGCACUUGAGUUGAGCCUCCCCUUUCAGCAGAAAAAAACUGUUAGGUGCUUGGAUUGGAACCAAGUACUGUAGUGUGCAGCCAGCUAGCUACUUUUUUUAGUUGUAGGUCUCCUACAGCCUACACGGGCUACAGCGCAGUGCCGCUGGUCGCGUUUUUGAGGCACGCAACACGUCAGCAAAGCCACUACUGCACUAGUGGCCAGUGCACUCAUCGGAGAAAACAUGGAGCAUCGAAGUGGACUGCACCAUAGCCAUAGGUCGCCGCCUUCUGUGACUGUCAGCACUUGCGAAGAUUCUCAAAGUCAAAUGCCAGCAUUGUUGGAAGACGACAGCGAGGAAAUAUUUUGCUGCGAUCCAAACCCGACGGAGGAGAGAACGGUGGCUGAAAUACACAGAGAAGCUGUCAUGCAGGCGCGGAUGGAGGCAAGGAGUAUGGCGCAGGCCACCUCCGACCAAGCUGUCGACGUGGCUGCGGCAGAGCGACUGCACAGUUUUAGUAUAGUGGCAGGGUGUCGGAACAGUGACCUACCGUCCGUUCACGGUGUGGCAGUGCCGACAGCAGCGAACCUCCCAGGCAGAGAUCACUCCGUGCCCCGAACUCGUCGUCGCUCUUGUAGUUUGGAUGCGGCCAGUUCGUUGUUAUCGGUGUCGCCCAUCGAGGCGCACCUGGGUAGAUGCAGCCCAACUCCGGACGGCAAUUCUUUGUUCCUGGACGCGAACAGCACUCCAUGGCUAGACUCGGACGAACGGGUAGAGCAGUCGAUUCCGUCACCAAUAGAUCCCGUUACAUGGCAAGCCAGUAAUGUGCCAAGACGUCGAGCGAACACCUACUCGGGCGGUGCAGUACAUUUGGGAAAACGUUUGUCAGAUUUAGUCUUGACAUCUCCGACCAAAUCAUUAUCUAAACCGCUUGAAGCUGAAGCAGAACGGAACAUCGAUCCCAGCUAUGAUCACCACCAGCAUGAGAGUACGAAUAGCAAUGGUGCUGAUAGUGGUGACAAUAGUAUAAGCAGCAGUGAUGCUAGCUUAGCUAGCCAUGCUGAUGUGGACUAUAGUCGUCUGCAAGUGGUUGGAUGUGAAACCGGAGUUGGAGCAGCUGAUUUGGAAGAGGCGUCCGCCAUCCUGACGCAGGCACUGGUCAUGCGAAUGGAUUACAUGGAGCAGAGUGCCCAGCCGUUCUGCAACACCACCGAGCGCGUGCUCAACAGCAAGCAGCGUGCGGCCGGUGAUGGACGCGGUAGACAAACGUCUAGCUCCUCCUCGUCACGUGCUCCAAGUCCUCCACCCCCGCUGCCCAUUCCACCAAAGUUUGAGGACAUUGAAGUGCCCGAAGUAGACAGCACUGUCAAGUACGGUGUACCGGUUCCACAAGAUGGAGUCGUGAGGCUCGUCAACCAGGAGACGGGCGAAGAAAUCCAGAACUUGAAGCAGCCUAACUGGAAGACAUUUAUUGAGGAUUUCAAUGUCCUGUUGGCACUCUCCGUUCAUGGCCCAGUGAAAUCAUUCGCUUUCCGGCGACUCUCCUACCUAGGACUUCGGUACGAGAUGCACAGUCUGCUAAACGAAGGGCGUGAGGUCGCUUCGGCUAAGCGUUGUCCUCACCGAGACUUCUACAAUGUUCGCAAGGUUGACACUCACGUCCACGCUGCGUCAUGGAUGAACCACAAGCACCUUCUGCGCUUCAUGAAGAAGCGAGCGCGCGAGGACAAGGACACUCCGGUCUGUCAGGAUGCCGACGGCAAGCCCAUGACGCUUGGCGAGGUCUUCACCAGUCUCAACCUGACACCGCAUCAUCUCUCCGUGGACAUGCUCGACGUGCAUGCGGAUCGCAAUACAUUCCAUCGCUUUGACAAGUUCAACUUGAAAUACAACCCAGUCGGCCAGAGUCGCUUCCGUGAGAUCUUCCUCAAGACAGACAACUACAUCGAGGGAAAGUUCUUUGCUCAGCUGCUGAGGGAAGUCAUUGAUGACCUGGAGGACAGUAAGUAUCAGAUGGCCGAGCCAAGAGUCAGCAUCUACGGCCGGUCACGUGACGAAUGGAGCAAGCUGGCCAAGUGGGCGGUCGCCAACAAGCUGGCAAGCCCUAACAUUCGCUACCUCAUCCAGAUACCACGCUUGUACAAUGUCUACCAUGCCAAGGGACAAGUCAAGAACUUCCAAGAAAUGCUGGACAACAUCUUCAUGCCGCUCUUCGAGGCCACGCUUGACCCGCACAGUCAACCGGAACUCUUCAAAUUCCUAACGGAGGUUGCUGGAUUUGAUAGUGUGGACGACGAAAGCAAGGUAGAGACAGGGCAUCUGUCACUGGAAACGCCGAAACCCGCCGACUGGUCGUCAGACGCGAAUCCACCAUAUGCCUACUAUUUGUACUACAUGUAUGCCAACAUCACAGCCCUGAACAACCUCAGAAAGCUUCUCGGCUACAACGUGUUCACUUUGAGACCGCAUUGCGGAGAGGCCGGUCCUGUGCAUCACCUGGCGGCCGCCUUCCUCCUCUCAGCCAAUAUCUCUCAUGGUUUAUUGCUGAGAAAGGUGCCUGCCCUGCAGUACCUGUACUACCUUGCGCAGAUUGGCGUUGCCAUGUCGCCGCUGAGUAACAACUCGUUGUUCCUGGACUAUCACCGCAGUCCGCUGCCGGAAUUCCGUGCUCGCGGCCUGCAAGUGUCGCUCAGUACCGACGAUCCUCUCAUGUUCCACUUCACCAAGGAACCUCUGAUCGAGGAGUACAGCAUUGCUGCACAGGUGUGGAAGUUGUCCAGUGCUGACAUGGCGGAGCUGGCCAGGAACAGUGUGCUUAUGAGUGGUUUCCAGCACCAGGUGAAGCAGCACUGGCUUGGCCGCUAUUACGACAAGGAAGGUGUGGACGGCAAUGAUAUUCGCUGCACCAACCUGCCUGACAUCCGUGUUGCUUAUCGGCACGAGACCCUGCUGGAGGAGCUGCAGCUGCUCUGCAAUGCCAUCACAGAUCCAGGCAUUUCGCCACACUGAGCGCAAGUUCUCGAGCUCUUAGAUCGGACUCUGUAACACGGCAUCUUCACGACCGUGAGUGACCACCACAUCAAUCCAGAACAUAACACGUAUGAAGUGUAUAGUCCUCUAGCUCACUGAAAUUGUUACCCUGUACAUACACUGUACCACCAAUAUAUGCAAACGCCGAAACUAUAUUUGAGGCUCGAGCCAUUGAUGAAAUUGCUGCUUUUUUGGCCAUGUACUUCAAAGUAUGAGCGAUGCCCCCAGGUAUUUGAAUUCCCGUGCUGAAACUACCAGUAUCUAUCCAGCUUCAACUGUAGCUAUCAGACACCCUGGGUAGUACCGGGUUUGCUUUUUGUUGUUGUUAACUAUCGGUAUCUACUCUUGCACACACACACACACUCACAGCCUGUCCCCUUGUUAGUGUCCUACUUCAUUUUCGCCCAAAAAAUAUUUCAGCGUUCCAAACUUCAGUUAUUUUUUCCUCCGCUCUGCAUGAUUGGAAUACUUUAAAAGUGUGACAAAAAGACGGAAAUGAACUGCUCAAUCUUUACAACUUAACUUUCCGCUGGAAGUGUGAAUGUCGUGUUACCACUUGUCGUUUUGCCCGUUGUGACUUUAAACUGCUUUAGAAAUUUAUAAAUAUUUUGGCAAUUAUUGGAAAACGCUAUUUGGAUUUCUAUUUUCAGUUUUGAAAAGA